GCGGGCGCCAACGCCGGUUCCGACCGCGGCGCGUCCGAUCCCGGCGCUCCGCAGCGGAGCGGCGCCCGACCGCCAGUGCAGCAUCGGCCAGCGGCGGCGGCAUGCGCAGCAGCAGCAGACUGCGGCCCGGGCCCUGCUGCGGUGUCCCGUAGCGCGCGCGCGCCGCCGAGACCACACCGCCUCCACCAUGGCAUCGCCCACCGACGGCAAGCGACCGCCGCACGAGGAGAUCACCUUCACGCCGCCCGACCACAGUCACUGCUACUGGUGGCUGCACCGGACGAGCUUGGAACGGGCGCUCACCGUCACGUGCGUCCUGCUGCUCGUGGUCACCGCGGUGCUCCUCGUCGUCCACCUCAUAGCCGCGUCAUCAGAAGAACCUCGGUGGGAACUACCGCCGCCUUUAACCAGGAAUACCUGCUACAGUCCGGAAUGCAUUCAAGCGGCGGCGGCCAUCUUGGAGCGCGCCCAGAUGCACCGCGACCCGUGCGAGGACUUCGACGCGUUCGCGUGCGGCAACUUCGUCCACAAGCACUCGGCGCCGGACGACCACUACUACACCAACGUGCUCAUCAGCAUGCAGGACACCAUCUUCGUCCGGCUCAAGAAGCUUCUCGAAGAGCCGACCACUCUUAACAGGACUUCGGCCGUGAGCAAAGUGAAGGCGCUGUACAACUCAUGCAUGAACACCAGCAGCGUGGAGGAAGGCUCGGUGGCCAAGCUGAAGGAGCUCCUUCGGGACGACUACCUCGGCUCGUGGCCCACACUGGAGAGGGGCUCCCGCCACAAGCCCAUGACGAGCACGUCGCUGGCGUUCGAGCGGCGGCUGGCACUUUUGCGCGUCCACGGCGUCGAGCCAUUCUUCCAGCUACACGUGGGACAGGACGAGCGAAACGCCACCAUGCACGUCAUACAGAUAUUCAGCGGGUCCCCCGUGCUUCGCAGCGAGUACUACCUCAACGAGACGGAUGACAAGUGUCGAGAGGCUCUUCGCCUCUACCGGGAAAUCCUGGCGCAGUCGGCCAGGCUUCUCGGUGCCAAGGACCCGGAGAGCGACGUCGAAGAAGUCGUCGACUUCGAAAUACAGUUUGCCAACGUAUCCCACUCCAGCGACUUCGACGGACCGGGUUCCAGCGGAGCUGGAUCCAAUGGCAGCGCGGCCAACGACUCGUCCGCGAAUUACGACUCGGGCAUGAUCAGCGUCACACUGGCAGAGCUGCACGACAUGGCGCCAGAGUUGAACUGGACCUAUCUCCUGCGAAGCGUCAUGGACUACGCGGGACUACAACAGACCGAUGAGUCCAGCAUCAACCUGACCAUCGAGAACGACAGCAACUACAUGCGCCGGCUUUUCGACCUGCUCAACAAGACCAGUCCUCGGACGCUGGCCAACUACCUGUCGUGGCGGUUCGUGAUGGCGUACAUGCCGUACCUGGACGUGCACUUCCGGCGACUGUACCUGGACUUCCGGCGGCGAGUGCCGCGCCCCCACGAGGAGCGCACCUACCUGUCGCGCUGGAAAGAGUGCGUGCGUCUGCUCAGCGACAGCUUCAGCAUGCCUCUGGCGGCGCUCUUCGUGCGACAGGACUUCGCCUCCUCGGCCACCGACAAUCAGGUAGGGUUGCUGAUUGACGAGAUCAAGAAUGCCUACGUGGAGACCUUUCCGAGACAGAAUUUCCUCGACGAGAAGACUAAGGAACUCUGUCGCGAGAAGGUGGCCGCUAUGGGACAAAAAGUGGGCUUCCCGAAAUUCAUCUUGGAUCCAGUUGAACUGGACAAAGAAUAUCAUGACCUUGAAAUCGACGACGAUCACUUUCUCGUGAACAUUCUCAAGGUGCGACGCUUUGAGUUUGCCAGAGAUUUCUCCAAGAUUACGAAGCCUGUCGAUAAGGAAAAGGAGUGGGCGACAAAUCCCCUGAUCGUAAACGCGUUCUAUGACAUCCGAGGCAACUACGCUAUUUACCCAGCUGGGAUCUUGCGUUCCCCCAUGCUCAUUCUCGACAGGCCACAGUACCUGAACUUUGGCACCAUAGGCGUCGUCAUUGGACACGAGAUUACCCACGGCUUUGCCGGUUUCGGCAAGAAAUUUGACAAGCAUGGGAAUUUCACCAACUGGUGGCCUGACGAUGCGCUGGAGCAUCUUCGGCAACGUGCCAACUGCUUCGUGGAACAGUUCUCACAGUUUCCUCUUUGGAACUCCGGUCUUUACGUGAACGGUAACGCGACGCUCGAAGAGAACAUCUGUGACUCGACGGCCGUGAAGCAAGCCUAUUACGCGUACAAGAGCUGGGCUGCGAAGCACGGGCAAGAGCCGCGAUUGCCGGGCCUGGGACUGACCAACGAACAAGUAUUCUUUGUUCAAUACGCCCAGAUCUGGUGCGAAGUCGUGAGUGAUGAAGGCUACAAGAAGUACGAGACUGAGACGCACAGUCCUGGCAAGUACAGGUCCAACGGUGCCUUGCAGAACUUCGACGAAUUCGCGAAGGCUUUUCAUUGCCCACUCGGGAGCUACAUGAACCCGGAGAAGAAAUGCUCGCUCUGGGACUGAAGACGCUCUCCCUCCUAACGAGGCCCAGGAGACGCACGACUUCUCACUCCCUCCCCCCAACAUUGGAACCGAAAACCUCAAAGCGCACCAUAUACGUACGUGCCCAGUGCGUGUGUGGAGACGCUUUUGUUGUUUUGAUUUUGCUUUUUCUUCCUCCGAGUGACGUCUCCUCAAGUUUGUGACGUCGAACGGUGACGUCGCACCUUCUGGCUGUGACGUCGCGCCGACGGUACCGCCACCGUGCCGAUGCGGCUGGCGGGACAACGUCUACAAGUGCCCUACGAUGCACAUCCCUACUUGUAGUGAGAUGAACGUGGACCAAAGCUCGUUACUUUCUGUGCCGCCCGAGGUAGGAAAAAAAAAAAAAGAAGGUCCUAUCUCGUUAGCUUCGUUGGGCCUUACAAGCUGUAUGACGUUACUCCGUGUCGUUACAAAGCAUUGACCAGGGUUCUUCACCCGUACCAGUUGCGGAACAGCUUCCAGGCUCCAUAUUUCAGAAACCGGCAAGCCAAUGGACCGGCGAGUCUAGGAAAACUACUUGCAUACGAUAUUCACUGUGAACAAAAACAAAGAAAGGAGCACGCAGCGAUGAAACUUGUCAUUAACACAGAGUGGUUCUUAACUACCAGUUUGCCAAAUUUGGCAACUGGAGUGCUGACUGUUGGAAAAUUUAUAGCCAACAGAAAACGACGAGAAUUAAGACAGACAAAAACAAUUUAAAAAAGACAACGGCAUGAAACGGCAAUACACUAACAAAACUAGUCACGAUGGUACCUGCUUAAUUGAGUUUAUUCGUGUGGGGCGAAUGUUAGCUCUCUCUAAUUUGUCAAAUAGGAUGACGGAAUUCAGCAGUGUAAUUUUUAAACUGGUACGCUUAAAGAACUCAGUGUCGCCCUGCGCUGCAGUCAUCUGUUUUUCAUAGCACCUGGUGCCCCCGUGUUUUAAGUCAUGGUUGUCAUGUUGCAGAAUCGUGCCAGCAAAGUGAGCUAUAGUUUUGGCUUCACCCGAGCACUGUCCCAGCACAGAAAUAAAAAUGCGACCGAGACUUCCUUAAGGGGAAUUAUCGUGGUGCGAAGCAUUAUGUAGUGGCUCAUUAUUGCGCGUUUGCGAACUAAACGUUCUUGCUUCUCUUCUUACAUUAGAUUAGGGUAGCGCUGCCUAUCCCAGGCUGUUCUGGCGCUCACCUUCUUUGGUCGAGGCAUGUUCAGUCCGAGAGCAGGAACAGCUGUGCAGAGUGGCGAGCGGAGCCCGGUGUCCAAUCAUUGCACCAAUGAGGGCGCGCGUCCGCGCUAGUUGCGCGCCAAUUGCGUGGUAGCUGCGCCUCUUGCCCGUAAAGGAGGCGGAGCUUCGGACUUAGUUGCGCGCAAUAUGGCCUUCGUUCUCAGAGGACCCAGGACCCAAAAUUAUCGCAUAGUCGCAUGACUCACCUUAAAUGAACCAUUACUACAUAAAUAGCAGAGAUUGCCUUUUUUGAAACACCUAAUUUAGCUUAUCACUUCACACUCCUCACAAAACGAAGAAAUUGAGUUUUAUUUUAAAUCUCUAUAGUUAACCACUGCAUAUAUCCUCAUCAUUUUUGGAUAUUACAGACAUUAUCAGGUCUAGUUUAGGACUGUAGCAUUAUCUUGCCGGAUUUAUAAGCCGAAUUUUUUUUAAGGGGAACCGAAAAAUUCAAAAUGACCUUGCUGAGAGCUUCGUAUAUAAUGCUUGGCAUUAAAAAAUAUAUCACAGCAUUAAUUAGCGCGACUGCGUGCCCAUUUCAUCGUUUCAUCGUUGUUCCCACGUGUGGUUGUCCUCAAACAGAUGUAAGAUGUUGUUGAUGCAGGCUUGCACCACAAGCAUUGCUCUUUUUGGAAAGAUGUUUUCAGACAGCUGGGGCCUGUUUUAGUGCAUAAGUCGUGUUGCUGAGUGACAGGCGUGAAAGAGAGAUAUGAACGCACGAGCAAAAGCCUGAAAUCGGGCUCGAUUGGACUUUUUCAUUGGUGGUGUCCAAACUGCAUCGAUCCAGGGGCGUUUCGGCUCACUCGUGCAAUGAUGCAUCCCACUGCAAGUUGAUUAAAGACUAUGGAUAAUAAAUUGAGCAGAGGCCGCGAGAAUUGUGACUCAUGGCAGUACCCUAAAUCAUAUAAGUUGUAUGAGCACAAGAUCAAACCAAAGAAAGAAGGAAAGAACAGAACACAAACAACAUUUCGUCGAAACCUAAGCACUCGUCCUCGAAUAAAAAGAGUGCAGUGUAUGCUUCUACAUACAGUGGUCACACUGCUAACAUAAAUUCUUAGCUUUGCGGCGAGCUUGCGAGAUAGUCGGACUUACUGGCUAUUUCUUUGGUCCGAAACAUUUUUUGCAGUCGGCUGUACGUAGUGUGAAGAAGUCGUGAACACGAAUUCGCCUUUUAUGAAGGGCUCUUGAACUUCGUAACUACUCAUUUGAAGCGCUGCAAGUGCAACAAAUUUGCAUAGCUUCGCAGAUGAGCCUCGGAGAUAUUGACUUUGGCACGUUGCACUCGUCACCAUUCGGCCUCAGGUACACGUGACGCCCUGUUCAUACAUUGCAAAAUUUGCUACACUGCAUUAAAUUCGUGUCACAAAAUAUGUAUACCGGUGAUGAGUGAACCCCCAAAGAAAGGUUGGCGCUUAUCACACACCAAAGCAGAAAUCAUCGGUGGCGCAUACUGACGUGUUGCAUGGACAUCGCGUACUGUAGUUCAAGCAGAGUUCAAGGAAGGAACUAGUUCAAAGAUAGUACUAACUUAAACCGUAGGUAGAGUGGUUGCUCGAUAAACGGAGCUGUAGGUCAAACUAUAUUGCCUCUGGCGUUUUAAAUGUCGAGGACUAAGUGGGUGAGUUGAGAAGCAGCGGGAAGCGCUGUGGGCACAAGUUAGAAAACUGGCUGCCGCCAGACCUGUGAAAGAAAGGCGAAAGUUCUGGAGGCUCUGCCAUUGUUGUACGCGCAGUUGAGUACCCAACGGUCUGUUCCUCUCGUACUGGUCACAAGCUUUGCCAUAAGUGAGCGAUACCGUAAUCUAAGUGGUGCCUCUCGGUGAUUUCUAAGCUAUUCAUCCGUAAAUAUUUCCCAUGCACGACGAAACGUCGGCCAUCAUGCACUGUUGUCAAACACGCGUAAAUGAUCAAUUCACUGAAACUCUUAUAAGGAAACCUAGAUUCCGCAGGCAUUCCUAUUCAAUGAACACAAGCACUCCUUGAGUUGGUACACCUGUACGGACAGCGUGUGACAUCUCGGUGUACAGGUUAAUCUAUCGGAAAGAAAUGUCCAAUGGGUCGCUUUUCCGAUUUCCCUGUGAAAUUAAUGAGUCUGUGAUUACGACAUGCAAUCCUCUUGGCCGUUCUAUCGUGGUCCGAAAACACAACCUCUGUGCACAGCAUGUCGUUGUUUGGUAGAUAAGUUUCCUGCGCAAGAGCUUUACACCCACUGUACCGUCAUAGCAUAAAGUUGGCAGACACGCUGUGAAAGUUUCAUCAGUUUCAUUUCGUAUUAGUCACAGCCUAGCUAGCGACUGUUUUUCGUUAUCUGCAGGGCCCUAACAUUUGGCGCCAGUAUAGAAGGUAAAACUGUCCAAUCGUUAAAAACUUCCGGACAGACAGGUGAACGCUAUUCGAGAUGCGUCAGUAUCCUGACCAACAGUGAGGGAACAAAAGAAGCCUCAUACUGGAGCCUUUGGUCUGCAGCACGUUGCCCUGACUAAACAAGUAUCCUUCUUAAUACGUUGGUUCCAGAAAAAAAGGCUCCAGACUGAGGCAUCCUUCAGGGACUAUACUCAUAUUAAGCACGUUGACUCGUCAUAUCCGAAAAGUGGCCGCCGAAAAUGGCUGGGUCAGGGUUUUGGACUAACGUCUUGCCGCUGGCUUCACUACAGAACUCUGGGAAUAUUUAGCCUGUUCGGUCAGUUGACAAAAAGCGCCGUACUUGACAAGAGGAGGAACGGCAGCGUGAGCUGCCUCGCGCUGCGCAGUUUUGCAUCACUUUGUUUUCAGCCUAACUCUCACGCCUGUACACUAGCAAGAUCCGUGCACCAUCACAACACAGUUCGUGCCCAAGAAAAGGGUGUUCCAAGUUGUUGUCCGUUGUGUUAUCGUUGAAAAAUCGCGCCAUGUUGAAAAAAAAAAAAAGAAACGCUAUCACAAAACGCCCCAUACGGAUAUAUCGUCGUUUCCAGCUUUGUCUCUCAAGAUGUCACGUGCGUUACCUGACAUUGUAUAGCUUGUUCGAUAAAAGGGCGUACCCUUUAUCUCUCCUUUUUAUUUUAUUUUUACAUGCAUCUAUAGUUGAUUUCAGUGUCACUUUAGGCAGCGCUUUUCAUAGCUGAUUAAGUCAGCGUAGCCCGAACACACACAGCUUCCUCACGUAAGACGACUCAGGAGAGGUGUGCCACGGCUGAUGAGAUCACGGGGCGCUCUGCAGCUAUUCAGUCCACGUGAAAGAAACCGGUAUUAAGUGGUGACACGAGGAAUGGGUGCAGAAAUAGUGUGUCCAGAGUGCGGUGGCCUCUCGUCGCUCAAUAAAGUAUUGCCCUAAACAAGA